GAUUACGGGUAGGAAACAAACGCAAAGCGCUAUUUUGAAUGGGAGACGACAACAAGAAGAAAUAAAAACAGUGUUGUUGAGCACAAGAGCGGCUUUAAUUUAAUGUUUACAUGCAUGUUUCAGAAAUAGUGAAUGGCGUCGACUUUAAUAUCACCGGUGGUGGAUUAUUAUAACGACGAAGAGGAGCUGGACAGCGUGGACGAGGACGAUGACCGGAGUUUCAGAGGAAGAGACUCAGAAGAAGACACCGAAGACGCCAGCGAAACGGAUCUGGCCAAACAUGACGAGGAGGACUAUGUGGAACUUAAAGAACAGAUGUAUCAAGAAAAACUGGCGUCACUAAAGAGACAGCUGCAGCAACUCCAAGAAGGCACUCUGCAGGAGUAUCAGAAGAGGAUGAAGAAGCUCGAUCAGCAGUAUAAAGAGAGACUCCGCAACGCAGAUCUCUUCCUCCAGCUUGAGACGGAGCAGGUGGAGAGAAACUACAUCAAAGAGAAGAAAGCGGCGGUGAAGGAGUUCGACGACAAGAAAGUGGAGCUGAAGGAGAAUUUAAUCGCAGAGCUGGAGGAGAAGAAGAAGAUGAUCGAGAACGAGAAGUUGACCAUGGAGCUGACUGGAGAUUCCAUGGAGGUGAAGCCCAUCAUGACUCGUAAGCUGAGGAGGCGACCCAACGAUCCCGUCCCUAUUCCAGACAAACGCAGGAAACCUGCUCCGGCUCAGCUCAACUAUUUACUCACAGAAGAGCAGAUCAUGGAAGACCUGAGGACCUUAAACAAGCUCAAGUCACCUAAAAGACCAGCCUCCCCGUCGUCUCCCGAGCAUCUCCCGACCACGCCCAUGGAAAGCCCAACGCAGCGCUACGAGGCUCGGAUAGAAGACGGAAAACUCUACUACGAUAAAAGAUGGUACCAUAAGAGUCAAGCCAUCUAUCUGGAGUCGAAGGACAACACCAAGAUCAGCUGCGUCAUCAGUUCUGUAGGAACCAGUGAGAUCUGGGUGAGGAAGACCAGCGACAGUACGAAGGUGAGGAUCUAUUUACUUCAGCUCCAGCGCGGUGCCUUCAUCAUCAGACGCCGUUCGGCAGUGUAGAGACACUUUCCUGUCCCCGUCGUCCUCUCGCCGUCUCCGUCCCGUCUCUCCGCCUCUCACAGACGUAUCGCGGAGAAAUAAGAAUUCAGAGCUCAGCUCUCUUUCGCUCGCCUCCAGGCUUCAUUCUUCAUUUCACGAUCAUGUUUCUGUACGGACGCCUUCUCCUGACCGCGCCACGGUUCAUCAGAGAGGGAGGGAGAGGGGGAGCACAUCUACAGUUUUAUCAGUUUCUCUUGUACAGUUUGUGUGUGUGUGUGUGUGUGCGUGCAUUUCAGAGUCAUAACACAAAGCAGUGAAUUUCCCAGAAUGCACAUGGUUAAGACCAGAACAACGCUUCAUCUCCAUCAACUGAGCUGCGAUUACAGACGAGUGUUAGAGAACAAGACGGAGCCGGUUUCCCCACACGAACAUAUCAGUUUAACGAUGAGAUUUAUUUUUACACUCGGGUUAGCUGAAGCCUUUCAUAAGAAUAAGAUUACCCAACCCCC